CGAUCGUUCUAGAGAGUGAAACCUUAUCAUGGUUGGAAGUAAUAUAAAGAUGCAUAUGGAUCUAAUAAAGAAUGAGAAGGCUCGUAAUAUAACUUUCAAGAAGAGGAAGAACGGAUUGAUGAAGAAGGCUUUUGAAUUGAAAAAUCUUUGUGAUGUGCAGUGUCUGGUUAUCGUUUAUGAGAAAAAACCUAACGGCCAACUAGUUCGGUCGGAGAUUUAUCCUGAAGAACCUGAAAAGGUCGAGCAAAUCAUUGAUACAUUCGUCUCCAAGUCGGCCAAAGUAAGGAAACUCGAAAACUUGGCUGAAUAUUUCAACAAACAAAUCAUGCAAGUGAAGAAAGAUACGGCCAAAUUGCGCCAGAAGAACAACAAAGCUCGGUUUCAUUCAUCAGAUGACAGGCUAAACGACUUCUCAACAAAUCAGUUGCUUGAUCUCUUAAAAAAGCUCAACCACAAAAUCGAAGACGUGCAGCAGCGGUUUAAUAAGCAAUACGUAAGUGAUGAGGUUGGCUCUAUGCCCCCACAAACGGCUUUGGUUCCGAUCAACAAUGUGGACAAUGUGAACUAUUCUCAGAUGGUUGCAUUGAACCAAUACCCUAAUAGUGGUUCGAUGAUGUACUUAAGUGAUAUGGCUUUCACCGAAGAGCAAACUAAUAAUCUUCAACCCUUUCAGUACAAUUUUUAUCAUCAGAGUUACAAUAAUGAUUUGAACAUAAACGGCAUGCCACGGCAGAACUACAACAUUCAGACUGCUACUGCAACAUCAAACAUGCCAAGUUACAAUGAAUCAAGUACAUCUACAAGGUGUGAAAAUCGUCUGCAAUACAGAAUCAACGAUGAGAAUUUGGCAUUUUAUAAUCAUGUCCCGCUGCAGACUGUGUAUCCAAUGUCUGCAAGUUAUUUGUUUGAUAAUGGAAACCAAUUCUUCUCAAGGGUUAGUGAGGAUGAUGAAGUUAAGCACAUUUAG